AUGGGUCAAAAGAUAAGGGAUUUGAACAAGAAGUUGAACAUUAUUAAUGAAGAAGCGAAUAGCUUUGGACUCAAGUCCCAAUUGGGGGGUAGUGGUACAAAAGCUACUCUGCUUCCCGACAUUAGUAGAACUGUGAUGGUCAAUCGUGAGACUGACUCCGUUGUUUUUCCUAAUAUUGUGGGUAGAGAGCAUGAUAAGUUCAAAAUAGUACAGAAGAUUUCGAGUGAGACCAGCAAUGUUAUUUAUGUUUUGCCCAUAACUGGAAUGGGUGAUUUUGAGGUCACUAGGAUAUUCAGACUAAUCUUGGAAUCGUUGACAAGACGCAAAGUUGAUGUAGCUAGUAGAGACGUUAUUGUCCAAGAGAUUCGAAAAGAAAUCGAGGGCAAACGAUAUCUUCUUGUAUUGGAUGAUCUUUGGAAUGAAAUUCCUUUACUCUGGACGGAUUUUUAUCGUUCUUUGACUGGAAUAAGCACGACCAGAGGAAACUGGUGUCUUGUGACUACUCGUCAGCUACAAGUGGCAACCGUUGUGGCUACAUAUCCUCCCUAUUCAUUAGGGAAGCUAUCUGAUGAUGAUUGCUGGACUAUAAUAAAAGACAAAAUGAUAGGAAGUGGGGAAGUACCAGAAGAAUUGCAAGUACAAGAAAAGGAAAUCACAAAAUGGUGCCAAGGUCUACCACUUGCUGCAAUUGUUAUUGGAGGUAUGUUGCGUAUGACAAGGAAGGAGGAGUGGCUCUCAAUUGUGAAGAAUGGGCUUUUGAAGUCUACUGGAGAUGACUAUAGUGUCAUGCAAAUACUCAAGCUGAGCUUUGAUCAUUUGCCAUCUCUAUCCAUUAAAAAAUGCUUUGCAUACUGCUCGAUGUUUUGCAAGGAUUUCAAGAUAGAAAGGAGGAAGUUAAUCCAACUUUGGAUGGCAGAGGGAUUUCUUCAAUCAAAUCUUGAAAAUGAAGUAAUGGAGGAAAUAGGUGAUAAGUAUUUCAGAGUUUUGGUGGACAGUUCCUUGUUGCAUGAAGAAAUUAGCAGUGAUAAGCGGACAUUUGGUCGAAUGCAUGAUCUCACUCUGAAGUUCAAUUGCAUUUCUCCAAUGGACCUUCCAGAGCAGAUGAGCAAGUUGAUUAGCUUGAGACAUCUAUGCUAUUACAAUAAUGAUAGAAAAGUGCAGAUGCCGCUAGGGAUGGGGAGAUUAACUUGUCUUCAAACGCUGGACUUCUUCAAUGUUGGUGAAGAGAAAGGACGCCAAAUUGAAGAGCUUGGAUGCUUAAGAGACCUGAAAGGUUUCCUGAGGAUCCGCAAUCUUGAACUAGUAGAAGGCAAAGAAGCAGCUGAAAGGGCAAAAUUGUUCGAAAAGCAGAAUUGUCUUCGCUAUCACUUGAAUGGGGUGGUAGAUGGGAAGUUGACGGUGCUGAUAUAA